UCUCACCACGCGCCAGAACGCUACCUUGCUGGUAGUCGGUACGCUGGACUAAGUCAUCCUAAGACUUGCCCUAGGAGAAAGGAGAAGCACACGUUCACUUGCCGCUGCCGCGCACCAACAAACUCUUCCUCUGAAAGGCCUGGUGUUCCCGUCCAUGCGGAUUCGGAGGUAGCCAUGAAGUCCACGCUUCUCAGCGCAAUCUUAGCAGUUCUCGCCGCCGUCGCGACCCCCACGGCGGCCGAUUCGCCCGACAAGAGCGAAAAGAAAGCGAGAGAACCGAUGCUGAAGCCGUGUACCAUUCGAAGUCCCACGACGGGCCACUUCUUUGAUCUGAACCCCAUCUCCGUCCACCUCCCCGACCCCAAGGACAAGAAGAAGGCGGACGCGCGUACAGAGAGUUGGCACGCUAACGGCUGGGAUUACGGUUCGAACUUCACCCUGAAUUUCUGCGCGCCCGUCGUGGAAGAGCUGGACGACGUUGAGGGUCUCUCAAAGAGUAUGCGCAAGAAUGUCAGCGCUUUCUACACGCAAGGGAAGAAGACCUAUUCGAUAGGGCAGCAGAAUUCGGAGCUCGUCUUUCGAGGAUCGAAGCUGGUGCUCAACUACACGAACGGCUCGCCCUGCGACGAUGACGAUGACGAGGACCUGAAACACAAGGGCUCACAAAGCUUCGGGCAUGAAACGGAGGAGCUACGCGUGUCGAAGACGAAGACAAGGAGAAAAUCGACUAUCAUAUCGUUGCUGUGCCAGAAGGAUGUCUUGCCGAACGCUCAAAAGGUGUCGGUGUCCUUUGUUGGAGCCAGCCCGGACAAGUGCACUUACUUCUUUGAGGCGAGGAGCACGGCCGCUUGUGCUGGCAUUGAGACCACCCCGUCACAAUUGAGUCCUGGAGGUGUGUUUGGAGUUAUCCUCCUCAUCGCCGUCAUGGCGUACCUGGUCGGUGGCUGCGUAUACCAGCGGACAGUGAUGCAUCAGCGCGGCUGGAGACAGCUGCCCAACUAUUCAAUGUGGGCGGGUAUCUGGAGUUUCUUCUCGGACAUGUUCGUCAUCCUUUUCUCCUCCUGCAUCCGACUUCUUCCAGGAAGGCGGGGAUACUCUCGUCUGUCGCUCAAUGGCAACGGCAAUGUCAGGGGAAGACAUGCCGAGGAUGAAAACAGACUUAUCGAUGACUUGGAUGAAUCGUGGGACGACUGAGCAUUUAGGGAUUUUCCAGCAAAUCAGGGGUUAAAAAUUUAUGACAGUGAGGCAAAGUCCUGCUAUGUAACGCCAGGCGCGUUUCCAAGAUUUAGCAUAGAGAAAUUUGAAAGAGCAUUACUUGCGAAAGGAGGAAUGUCGCUUGAAGAAGUAUCAGGUGAGAAGGGAGAUUCUCGGCCCAAGCCGCCAUGCCUUGGUACAGUCACAGAAGGCGACCUGAAGCACCUCGCUCCUUGAGCGCUCGCUGACAACACUGCAUAUCUCGCACCCCCUCAACGCACCACAUGGCGUGAUACUUCUAUACUGGAAUCAAUUGGAGUCUCUGAAAUGCCUCCUUUUCGCCGUGUUCAUUCGCCCCUAGGACUGGA